GCAGCAGCCGAUGAUUUGCUGUUGAAAUUAUUGCUCAUCGAGUGGCGGUUUUGUCGUCGAUAGAGUCUUUUAGAUCGAUUCAAUAGAGCAAAUUUGAAAAAGAAUAGAAGGAAAGAAGGAAAGAAGAAGAAAAUUUUUCGAUUACUAUUACUGUUAUUCUUUUUCUUGUAUUUAGACGCGAAAUCGGCUGGGUGCGCAUGGAUCGCUUCCGCACCACCCUCUGCCUCAACGGCGUGCGGACGUCUGACGGCACACCCCUGCACGUCGUCGAUGCGCAGACACUCUCCCUCAACGGCAAACGCAUAAAUGCGGACGACAUCGUAGAGCGGGCACUACCGAGUCGGGUGGCCACCGCGAUCGAAAUGUCCAUGGCAGCCGCACCGCCGUACUCCUCCUCCGUCUUCUUUCUUCUAGGCUCACAGGUGCACCACGGGCGGCUGGGCGAUGCUGUCGUAAACUACGUUAUCCGCGACCAAGCGCGACACCGCUCUCUUGGGUUUGAUCGUCAGGUGUCGCAGCGCGGGGUGGUCAUGGCGGUGCCGUCAAGCACCCCCGCAGCGGUCGGGGCAAAAGACCACGGAGAGACGCCGCUGCAGUAUGAGGAGUGUCUUGUGUUCGCCUACGACGAAGGUGCGGUGGCCUGCGAAACACUGCGGGCCAGCGACACCGCCGCCACCAUCGACGAGGUCCUCGGCACGCUGCGCGUUAUUUCCUUCGUCGUCUUCAAGUACGCCCUGCACAAAAGCUGCGUCGUGCUCGUCGGCUCGCACCUGUCCACGACGCACAUGGCCGCGCUGCUGCUCGCCAGCCGCCGACACGUCUUUCUCUAUGUGGAUUCCACGAUGUCUGCGCAGGAGGUGGAGUCGACGACAGCGGAGAUGCGGCAGGUGCGCGACUCCCUCUGCGCCUUUGCGCUGCCCCUCGACGAGGCAGUGCAGCAGGCCCGUGCGGCGGCGGCGGCUGUGGCAGCUGACGCACACGCGCCUCCUCCCCCUCGCGUGAGUCGUACGCUGGACGCCGUGGCUCACUCGAAGGAGGAGUACGAAUUGUUAUGGAUGGCAAUGACGGCGGAGGGGUUUGCGCGUGUCUCUGCUGCUGCCGCUUCUCCUGCCCGAGCGGGCCGCACUGACCAGGCGGAGCGAGCCGCAUCGGCGAAGCUUCAGCAGGAACUGGAGGAAGUCCGCGCGGCGCAGCAGGCGACCGAGGCGGACCUCAAGGAGCAGCGGCAGACACACCGAAAGGAAGUGCUCUCUCUCCGCGAGGAGAUUCAGCGUUUAGAAGACGAAAGAUCGACGAACCGGGAUGUCGCUGCGGCGAACGGGUCCCUCGGCGGUGGUCGGUCCGUCUCACAGAACUUGAUGCCGUCCUUCCAGCAGCAAUCGCAGUCUCACCUGCAGUCGUCCACGACGGACGCCACCGUUGCCCAGCUGCAGCACGCCUUGCAGGACGCACUGAAGGCUCAAAAAUUUGCGGAGGAAAAGGUUCACUUGCUCGAGCUGCGGCAGUUCAUGUUUGAUGGUGAUGGUGGUGGUGGUGGCUCGGCGCGUGUGGCGCCCGUCUAUGGAGCUCACGCAAACGGCUCCGUCGUGUCCCCCCGGCCGUCACUGCGGCUGCCGACUGCUGCGCUCGGACCUGCACCCACCACCCCCACAACGGCAUCGUGGGAGCAGUCCCUCCUGCAGCAGGAGAACACUGCCCUCGUCGCCGAGUUCCAGCGGAAGGAGAAGGAGUGGCAGCAGCGUCUGCACCAGGCCUCGCUGGAGGUUGCCCAGCUGCGACAAGAGAAAGCAGUGAUGGAGGCAACGCUGCAGCUGCAGUCGCAGACCAUUUCUGCCGCCCAACAGGCGUUGCUCGACAGCCGGGCGGUGCAGGAGCAGGAGAUGAGUCAGGUACUGCGUCGUGUGCGGACCUUGUCGCAGGAGUCGCGCUCACGCCAUCGCAACCGCACGGCGUCUGCGGAGGCAUCGGCCGCGCGUGCGACCGGGGGGAGCGUGCACGACGAUGUACAAGCCGGCACACCGCCCCCGCCACGACCGUCGCCCGCUUCAUCUGCGAAGGGUUCAAGAAGUGGAGGGAUGAUGAGUCCACCACGGUAG